AUGAAGACAGAAUAUGACGUCAUCCUACCAAACAUCCACGAUCCAUCCAAACUGUCAAAGCGGAGCACGGAUUCGUUCCAUCCCGACGCCGAGCGACAUACGGUGACCUUUCGGGCGUUUGACGAGGACCAUCACGUGGUUUUGGAAAGGAAUCAAUGGUUGAUCUCUCCGGGUUUAGAGGUGGAGUAUCUGCAACCGGAUGGAUCCACGCGGAAAGAACCGGUUCAAUCCAGUCGCUGUCAUUUCUUCGCGACCUCCAUCUCACAUGAGGGAUCGAAAGGAGCAUUGAGCACUUGUAGUGGAUUGUUUGGGGGAAAGUCAUUCUUACACUGUGAAUAUUUCUUGCCGCAUUUUAGGAAACCCAGUUGGUGCUUAGUAAAUCUGUUUAGGGGAGUGUUAUCAUUAGAAGAUGACAUGCUGUUUAUAGAACCUUUGAAAGAGGAACAUGCCAGGAGGAUUAGAAGGUACACUGAUGGUGCGACCCACCCUCAUCUCAUAUACAAACGACAAGCUACGGACGAAAAAGAAGCUUUUUGCCCAGGAGCAGUCUUGCCAGUUACAGAUAACGGUGGGAUUGCAGGAACGAUGACCCUCUCGGACGCCACCGUUUACGAUGGCCCGUAUCUUGGUCGUAAAAUCAUUGAGGUCUUUUACGUUGUGGACAAACUUGUCUACGAUGAACAUUUGACCGGGACAGAGAGCUAUGCUACCACUAUUCUAAACAUUAUGAGCAGACGAUUUGCAGAUCCUAGUUUGGAUAUCGACGUCCGAUUCUCAGUGGUUCGACUUCUUAUCUCUAUGACAACAACAAUAACAGCAACAAGUCCUUCUGGUAAUGUCGAGAGUAUAACACCCACUGAAGUUGCAGAUACUACCCUUCCAGAGUUCUGCACCUGGCAAGCUGCUUUAAGUUUAAAUAAUGACACGGAUCCAAACGACUGGGACUUAGCCUUACUCUUUACUGGUCACGAUAUCUACCGUGAUAACAUGGAGUACGUUCUGCAAGGUCGGGCAAGGCUAGGUGGAACUUGUGACGUCAAUAAUAAAUGUUCGGUCACCGAGAAUACUGGUUUGUCAGCAGGCCUUACCAUGGCUCAUGAAACAGGACAUUCUCUUGGAGUGCAACACGAUGUCCUGUAUGGAUGCGAAGAAGGUGUAAACAUCAUGGCUACCGCCUCAGCUUUGAGCUCUGGAGCAAUGGAGUGGUCAUCCUGCAGUUCCGAACAUAUGAAGAUGUUUAUCAGCUCUCGUGGAUGUAUGGAUGACGUACCUCUUCAUUCUCUGGCUGACAUUUUUGAUAUCCCGGUUCAAGAUUUCAAUGAACAGUGUCGACAGGUUAUGGAAGACCCGGACGCAGAGAGCUGCCAAACAAUUGUAGUAAUGGAAAGAAAACUCCCUAAAAUGAUGGCGAAAGUGACACUGAUCAUGAUGAUGAAAACGAUUGCCCUGUCUAUCGCAUUACAGACGAACUGCACAAAGUUGUAUUGCACUCUUCCUGGAAGUUCAUCCUGCAGGUCCAAUUCAGUACCAGCAGAGGGAAGUCCAUGUGGUGAUCUUAGUGGUAAUAUGAGGUGCAUAAAUACAGAAUGCGUUAGUGCAUCAAUUGCGCUUCCGGCGGCAGUGGAUGGUGGAUGGACAGAGUUCGGUGCCGAGUUUUCCUCAUGCUCUCGUUCCUGCGGGACAGGGGUUCAAUACCGCAGCAGAGCCUGUACCAAUCCCAGGCCACAGUGGGGCGGUGCACCAUGUGAGGGGCAAAGCCAUAUCUACAAGAUUUGCAACGAACAGCCCUGCAUGACGUCACAAGACGAUUACCGAGAUGAGCAGUGUGCCUCAACAAAUUCAAUUCCGUUGGGUGGUGUGAUCUACGAGUGGACAGAUUAUCAACAUUCAACUUUUUUAGGAGAUGAGGUCUGCGAGAAGAGUUGUCUGACAACAGGGACGAGUGGACUUUUUCGCAGCGACAGACCGGGAAACUUCCAUGACGGGACCCUGUGCUGGCAGGAAUUACCCAGUGAUGUCGCUAAAUCAUUCGAGUUCACCAAGUCACUUUGUCUCAAUGGAAAGUGCCAGCAGAAUUUCGGAUGUGAUGGCGUUCUUGAUUCUGGCCUUGUUUACGAUGACUGCCAUGUUUGCGAUGGAGACGGCUCAUCCUGUGACUGUACGAGUCUGGAGUUGACUUCUUGGUCAUCAACAGGAGAGUCUGUGAUUGCCACUAUCCCUAUUGGGGCAACUAGCAUUACAGCUGAUAGUUAUGGAGACAGCCAUUUCUUAGGACUGAGGGUUAAUGAAAAUUUUAUAUUUGGAAUCAACACCACCGGGCCUACACUUACAUCAGGCGGUGACUACAAAAUUGGCAAUAUGGUUGUCAAUUACGAUCGAACGUUUCAGGUUGAGACUCACAUACGAUCGCUGUCUGAUCCUUCUACGGAAACGCUCGAUAUCUUACUUUGGACAUCAAGAACAACUGGCUUAAAUGUCAAAUUAAAUUACUGUUUACCCGUGUUUGACCCCUGCGAAUCAUCACCUUGUCAAAAUGGAGGAACAUGCUCUUCUGCUGAUGGUCAAUACUCAUGCCAAUGUCCAAACACUCAUAUAGGAACAAACUGUGAAACAGUGUUUGACCCCUUGUUUGACCCCUGCGAAUCAUCACCUUGUCAAAAUGGAGGAAUAUGCUCUUCUGCUGAUGGUCAAUACUCAUGUGAAUGUCCGAGCACUCAUACUGGAACAAACUGUGAUACAGUGUUUGACCCCUGCGAUUCAUCACCCUGUCAAAAUGGAGGAAUAUGCUCUUCUGCUGAUGGUCAAUACUCAUGCCAAUGUCCAAACACUCAUACUGGAACAAACUGUGAAACAUGUUUGACCCCUGCGAUUCAUCACCCUGUCAAAAUGGAGGAAUAUGCUCUUCUGCUGAUGGUCAAUACUCAUGCCAAUGUCCAAACACUCAUACUGGAACAAACUGUGAAACAGUGUUUGACCCCUGCGAUUCAUCACCCUGUCAAAAUGGAGGAAUAUGCUCUUCUGCUGAUGGUCAAUACUCAUGCCAAUGUCCAAACACUCAUACUGGAACAAACUGUGAAACAGUGUUUGACCCCUGCGAUUCAUCACCCUGUCAAAAUGGAGGAAUAUGCUCUUCUGCUGAUGGUCAAUACUCAUGCCAAUGUCCAAACACUCAUACUGGAACAAACUGUGAAACAGUGUUUGACCCCUGCGAUUCAUCACCCUGUCAAAAUGGAGGAAUAUGCUCUUCUGCUGAUGGUCAAUACUCAUGCCAAUGUCCAAACACUCAUACUGGAACAAACUGUGAAACAGUGUUUGACCCCUGCGAUUCAUCACCCUGUCAAAAUGGAGGAAUAUGCUCUUCUGCUGAUGGUCAAUACUCAUGCCAAUGUCCAAACACUCAUACUGGAACAAACUGUGAAACAGUGUUUGACCCCUGCGAUUCAUCACCCUGUCAAAAUGGAGGAAUAUGCUCUUCUGCUGAUGGUCAAUACUCAUGCCAAUGUCCAAACACUCAUACUGGAACAAACUGUGAAACAGUGUUUGACCCCUGCGAUUCAUCACCCUGUCAAAAUGGAGGAAUAUGCUCUUCUGCUGAUGGUCAAUACUCAUGCCAAUGUCCAAACACUCAUACUGGAACAAACUGUGAAACAGUGUUUGACCCCUGCGAUUCAUCACCCUGUCAAAAUGGAGGAAUAUGCUCUUCUGCUGAUGGUCAAUACUCAUGCCAAUGUCCAAACACUCAUACUGGAACAAACUGUGAAACAGUGUUUGACCCCUGCGAUUCAUCACCCUGUCAAAAUGGAGGAAUAUGCUCUUCUGCUGAUGGUCAAUACUCAUGCCAAUGUCCAAACACUCAUACUGGAACAAACUGUGAAACAGUGUUUGACCCCUGCGAUUCAUCACCCUGUCAAAAUGGAGGAAUAUGCUCUUCUGCUGAUGGUCAAUACUCAUGCCAAUGUCCAAACACUCAUACCGGAACAAACUGUGAAACAGUGUUUGACCCCUGCGAUUCAUCACCCUGUCAAAAUGGAGGAAUAUGCUCUUCUGCUGAUGGUCAAUACUCAUGCCAAUGUCCAAACACUCAUACUGGAACAAACUGUGAAACAGUUAAAAGAUGACAUGUUUGACCCUUGCGAUUCAUCACCCUGUCUAAAUGGAGGAAUAUGCUCUUCUGCCGAUGGUCAAUACUCAUGCCAAUGUUCAAACACUCAUAUUGGAACAAACUGCGGUGAAACAGAUAAAGAAUGA